AUGGGAAUUCUCUCACGUUGAGAGCAGAAAUUCAAGCGACUAGCAGUCUCAAGGUUCCGGGUUUACCUUAGAGAUAGAACAGCAAAAGAGACAAAAUGGGCAAAGAAGGCAAUAAGCCCUCGCCUGGCUCGGUUGGGCCAACCAAAUCCGCGAAAGUAGCUCAAGACGAACAAGUCAUGGCGACAAACAACAGUAGCAUCGUCUCCAAGCGCAGCGUCGAGAAGCUCUACUAUCCGGACGAGCCGCACUUCUUCCGCUACUUUGUCCGCAAGUUCCAGCGACGGGCGCCCCUCAUCAACAGGGGCUACUGGCUGCGCCUGCGGGUGAUCGACGUGCUGGUGAGAGAUUUCCUGCGUAAGGGCGGGGAAGGAGAGACCAGGGGGAAGGAGAAGAAGAGGCGCGUGGUUGUCAAUUUGGGUUGUGGCAGCGAUGUCCUUCCCUGGCAGUGUCUCACCCGCUACCCCGGGGACUGUGAAAACGUGAAGUUUGUGGAUGUCGAUUUCCCGGACUUGAUUGAGAGGAAGAGGCAGACGGUACUAGGCACGCCGGAGCUGUUGGGUGCGUUUACCGGGGUGAAGGAGGCAGGGGAAUUGGCCAAGCCCGUGGUGUUGGAGAGUGAUCAGUAUGUGCAGGUUGGCUGUGAUCUGAGGGACCUCAAGACUCUUCAGCAUGGGUUAACUGCGGCUGUUGGCGACUUUGCAGCGUGCAAAUUCAUAUUCGUUGCUGAGGUAUCAAUCACGUAUAUGGAGACAGAAGGGGCCGAUGAGGUGAUACGAUGGGCUUCCACUGUUGGGGAUGCCGAGUUCGUUCUCCUCGAGCAGACCCUCCCUGACGGCGAGGACCACCCCUUCGCAUCGACCAUGCUGGACCACUUCCGGAAGCUUAACACCCCGCCAAAGUCGGUGCGCAGGUACCCGGGCGUGCAAGAUCAGCACACGCGCUUCUCGUCGCGGGGGUGGGAUUCCGCUCAGGUCUGGACGAUGUGGCAGGCAUGGGCGGACGAGCUGUUCCUCUCUGCUUCCGACCGCCGGCGGUUGGACGAGCUAGAGCCGUUUGACGAAUGGGAAGAGUUUGCGCUGUUUGCCAGUCACUACUGCGUGGUGCAUGCCAAGACAGGGACCGGGAGCAACUCGUCCGCGGCAACGGCGCCAUCUUUGCCGCCCACCACAGGGAUCCCCGUCCAGCCGGUGGCACUGCAGUACGACGAGUGCCACGGCCAAAGAGGCAAGCGGCGUUUUGCGGCGGCCAUGGCACUCUCGAAGGACGCGGCACAACCGUUGGUGCUGAAUAUCCUGGGACUGGGGACCAAAAGCCGGUUGCAGUCGUGUGACGUCUUCAGUUUGGGCGAUCCGGGAGUCGACGGAUCCCUCAACUUCCGUGAGGGCGGGCCAACGACCAGGAUGUGUCACUCCCUUACCGACCUCGGAAGCAACGGCGUGCUUCUGGCAGGGGGGCGCGGCUCCCCGUCGAGUCCGUUCCAGGAUUGUUGGUUGUUCGACAAGGACUCGAGGACAUGGAGACAGACACACGAUCUACCCAUCCCUUUGUCCAGGCAUUCCGUUACGGCGUUGGGGAAGUCGGGUCUCGCCUUGCUUGUUGGCGGCAGAGGACCGAUCGACCCCUUUGGCGGAUGCCUUGUGUACCAGCCUGAAAUAGGGUGGGUAGAGUGCAAGAUACUCGGCGACAGACCGGCUGCGGUGUAUGGGGCAGCACUGGCGUGUGGAAGCAGUACGGGCAGGAAUCGGUUUCGCGGUAUUUAUGCUGGCGGUCUAGAGGACGGGCUUGUUUCGGACCAGAUUUUUCUCUGGGAAGCGGACGUCUCGGACAUCAAGAAACCCACUGUCAAAUUCACCAAGCCAACGCUUUUGGGGGAUGUGGAAGACUCCACAUCUCGCCGAUUGCUGACAAGGUUCGGCUCAAGCUGUCUGCAGCACGGUGAUGAGUUCGUGAUACUGGGGGGCGUGGCCAAGGACCAUCUCUUGAGCCGUCAUGAUGAGGCGAUAUUGUGCUCCGUGUCGGCAAAGGGGGUCAGAAUCACUUGCCGGCUCCUCGGUCACAGCAGUUCCCUACGGGAGCAAUCAAUACCACGCCCGCUGUUUGUUGGACACUCGGCUGUCUCGUUACCGGAUGGCAGCGUCGUGGUAGUCGGGGGAGGAGCCACAUGCUUCUCCAUGGGUACUUUCUGGAACAGCGGCGUCUUCUGCUUCCACAUUCCUUCAGCUGGGGACACUGCGGCGGCGGUGUCCUCGUCUAGUCCUCGGUGGGUGCAUGAGAAGACUAUCGACGUCAUUCCAGGUCAGCGCAGUUCUCCAGCAGCUGCAAAAGCUGAAACGAGUAACGGGACUGCCAGAAUCACGACAAUUCCGCGGUUAGAGCUGGAGACGGCGGAUGACUUUUUGAAGGUUGUUCGUAAAGGCCGGCCAGUUGUAAUUGAGGGACUCGACCUCGGCAGCUGUGUAUCAGCCUGGACGCUAGACUACCUCGCGGACAAGGUUGGAAAAGAUCGCAAGGUCGUCAUCCAUGAAGCGAUGACGCAGGCUAUGGACUUCACGACAAAGAAUUUCCGCUAUGUGACGACCGAGUUCGGCGAUUUUGCCCGGAGGGUAGAACGGGGUGGUAAACUCUACCUGAGGGCUUUGUCAGAUGAGAAGCCUUUGGAGAAGCCGGCGAUGUUGAGUGACGACUUUCCAGCCCUGGCCCUGGAUUUUGUGCUCCCUGAGCAACUGUCACAGGUGAAGGAGAAUCUCUUCAGCUCUGUGCUGCGUCUAUCGGGACCGGUGAAUAUGUGGCUACAUUACGAUGUCAUGGCAAACGUCUACUGCCAGAUUGGCGGCUCGAAACGGCUGAUUCUCUUCCCACCAUCCGAUGUCGAGCACUUGUCCUUUGCACCUGGGGCAUCUAGUUCCAGCGUAGACGUGUUCUCGUCACUGAAUUCGGCAGAGCUUGCGCAAACUCACCCACACGAGGCCGUACUCUCGCCAGGCGACGUGCUCUUCCUUCCCGCGCUGUGGCUGCACACGGCGACGCCGACCUCUGAUAGGAGCAUCGCGGUGAAUGUCUUCUUCAAGGACCUCGACAGCGGGCACUAUGCGUCCGGCCGGGAUGUGUAUGGCAACCGCGAUCUCGGCGCUUAUGAGAAAGGGAGGCAGGAUAUUGCCCGCAUCGCAAACACGUUCAAGAAGCUGCCGGCCGAGGCAAGAGAAUUUUAUCUCUUGAGGCUGGCCGACGAACUACGCAGCACGGCACGCGGAUGGAGAGAUUAGCAGGAGGAGAGAUCAAUCUACUGGAGACCGCUGGCUAGGGUCCCGAUCAUACCCGGACUCCAACAGCCCUUUUCCCAUGCUGACGGCAGCAUGGGCAACCCGUAAGGCAGCGACGCGGAAAUGCCGUGGAUAAGUGGAACGGUGCCCAAUGAGAGAGGUGGAUGCACCAUGCCGAUCUAGGCAGCUACCUUACCUAAUAAAGAGCGUAUUGUUGCAUUGUUUA